AUUGUACAAGACCAAAACACUGAUAUCGCAAUACAUUGAAUGCAUCAUGAAAAAAGAAAGAUCCUCACGCAUGAAUCAGUCUUACUGUUGAUUCUACAGGUUAAUGUUUUCUAUACAAACAGCAAGGGAUCCAUUUACUACUUCCAACGAAAUUGAUUUCAUCAGAUAAAUUAACACGUCAUGAACUGUAAAUCUCUACAGAUGCAAACACAUCUUCGCAAACUGCAUGUGCUGAAUCCGGUGGAACACAGGAAGGAGGAUGGUCUUCGUCAUCUGGGACGACUCACAACAGACGCAGACAUGACGUCCUUCACAAGUCUGAUGUAUAUCAACGUGUUGUUUCUUCUUGUUGAAUACUUGAAGGUAACAGCACCCGUUCAGACAAACAUAGCUCUAGGUAAACCUGCCUAUCAAUCCAGCGUGGCCCACAAUGGUCACCCAUUCUAUGCCGUUGAUGGUGUAACGGGAGGACAUUUCGGUAGAGAUCGCUGUAUGCAUACACCUUAUGGCAAGUCCUGGUGGAUGGUCGACCUUCUCAAUAUCUACAACAUAUCUACAAUCACUAUUUUCAAAAGAACAGAUUCUUGGUCAGGUGGAAUAGAUCUUCUGAAGAUAGAGGGCUUUCUCGGGCAUCCUACCCUCUGUCCCGCAUCCUCCCCGAAAGUCUGUGUCAACCAGAUGGGCAGUUUCACAGGAACAUCCAAGACUGUUGCUUGUGAACAGGAGGUUAUGGCCAGAUAUGUGAAUGUUUCUGCCGAUGGCACGAUGAUGAUGUGCGAGGUUCAAGUGUUUGGAGAAGGCAUUUGCUAUAAAAAUGUACAAAUCCAAAAAGGUCGGAAGCAGGAUAGUCCUUCAACCAUGCAAAGCAGUUUGGCUUCGAGUCGCAUGGAGUGCAGCAACAUCUGUUACAGACACAGCUGUACAUUCUUCAACUACAACAGAGUGACUGGGGAAUGCCAAACAGAAAGUGGCCUGGCAACUUCCGCUUCAUCCUACGCUGCUGACUGGGACUUGGGCACAAUCUGUUGAAGGGCGAUUUCCAUGUAGAAAUGUGUUUUUUCCACCUAUCAAAUCGUUCAUGGUGAUAAUCGAAAUCAUAGACUUUUUUAUGUCAUAUGGACAGCUCUGUUUCUUGAUGGAUUGUGACAUGGGAACUAUUCCAUAACGACGUUCAUAACUGGAAGAAAAUGAGAAAUGUCUUGUCCGGUCAAAUGUUUAUCACUAACAUGUGUAGCAUCUAUAUUUAGACACAGAUUUCCACCACAAUAUAGAAGAUAUGAAAACAGUAUAAGUAUCUAUAUCGAAACGUCGCUAUUGUAUAAUAACGAAGUUGAUCAUCCAUAAAGGCUUGUCAUUCCUAAUGUAAGAUCACUAUAGCAUUUAUGUCCUGUCAUUUUAAUGAUAUAGAGUAUUUCUUCAUAGUCUUCAUACAUGCUUCCUUUCGGUUUGUUAGCAUAUUUGUGCGCUUACAAAUCUGGUUGCGGAAUAUCUAAAACAGUUAACGUUGUUAUCAGUAUUUGUCAUAAGAUUUUCCAUUGGGAAGAAUAAUCUGACCAUUUGUGUACCCUGUUCGAUGGCUUUAUCGGGAGUCUCUAAUGCGUAUUGAUAUGCAGCGCUAACGUACUUCAGUUGGAAUUGUUUUGUGUUCAAUAUUCCUGGCAUCUCUGCUUGCAGUGUUACAUGUUGCCUCACCUGGUAAUUAGAAGAAUGUUGUAUACUGAUGUUGAUAAGAUGCACACAACACAUCCUGUAAUGUGUUGCUAUUGUGAACAGACACUCCUUCGCUUUGGUUACUUAUUUCAUGUUCAUUGUCACUGUAGUCAUCGCAUGUAAAAUAUUAUUGUGCGCUUGUUAUCAAUGGUAAACAGAUGGCAUACCUGUCAAAAAUAAAUGUCUUGAAGGUC